UCGUGCGUGCGUUGGCCGUCCAGAGAGUAGCCGUUACAGGGCUCCGCACUUCAGCUGUCCUUGAUGUUUUUCUUCUGAUGUUACUUUUUUUUUUGUUUUUUUAAAUCUUCCUUAAAGGCGGUGUGUUGUGCCUUCUGGCUAAGUUGUGCCAGGCAAAGCAUUUGUUCUCAACAUGUCAACUGUCAAGGAGAAGCUUAUUGAGAAUCUAAUUGGGGAAGAGAAGAUCUCCCAGAGUAAGAUCACCAUUGUCGGAACUGGUGCCGUAGGCAUGGCCUGUGCUAUUUGUAUCUUAUUGAAGGAUUUGGCCGAUGAACUUGCCCUUGUUGAUGUUGCAGUGGACAAAUUGAAGGGAGAAACAAUGGAUCUUCAGCAUGGCAGUCUUUUCUUUAAUACUUCAAAGAUUACCUCUGGAAAAGAUUACAGUGUAUCUGCAAACUCCAAAUUAGUUAUUGUCACAGCAGGUGCGCGGCAGCAGGAGGGAGAAAGUCGCCUUGCCCUGGUCCAACGUAAUGUGAACAUUAUGAAAUCGAUCAUUCCUACCAUAGUCCAUCAUAGUCCUGACUGUAAGAUGCUUAUUGUUUCAAAUCCAGUGGAUAUUUUGACAUAUGUGGUCUGGAAGCUAAGUGGCUUACCUGCAACUCGUGUAAUUGGAAGUGGUUGUAAUCUAGACUCUGCCCGUUUCCGUUACCUAAUUGGGGAGAAGUUGGGUGUUCAUCCCACAAGCUGCCAUGGUUGGAUUAUUGGAGAACAUGGUGAUUCUAGUGUGCCUUUAUGGAGUGGGGUGAAUGUUGCUGGUGUUGCCUUGAAGACUCUAGACCCUAAAUUAGGAACUGAUUCAGACAAGGACCAAUGGAAAAAUAUCCAUAAACAAGUUAUUGAAAGUGGCUAUCAGAUUAUCAAGCUGAAAGGGUAUACCUCUUGGGCUAUUGGACUAUCUGUGACAGAUCUGGUUGGAUCAAUUUUGAAAAAUCUGAGGAGAGUGCAUCCAGUUUCUACAAUGGUUAAGGGCUUAUAUGGAUUAAAAGAAGAAAUCUUUCUCAGUAUCCCUUGUGUCUUGGGACAAAAUGGUGUCUCAGAUAUUGUGAAAGUUAACUUGAAUUCUGAGGAGGAGGCCCUUUUUAAGAAGAGUGCAGACAUACUUUGGAAUAUCCAAAAAGAGCUGGUAUUUUAAAGCCUCUUAAUGUUCCACUGUUUUAUAGAAGAAGAUAUCAGACUGUAUAUUUUCUAUUUUGAAAGUAUUGUCAUUUGAUUUGUAAAAAACUUAAAAAAAAAACAUUGGAAACCCAUGACAUAACUUCAGUCCCUCAAGGCUAGAAAAAGGAAAUGGUAAAAAUAUUUCCCCUCUUUAUGAAUCUCUUACAACUCUGUUCUAAUGAUAACCUAUACAUAUGCAAGUAAUACUUCUGAAGUAUGUAAUAUAUGAGUUGACUUCAAGUUUGGUAGAGUAUAUAUAAUAAUCCUUUAUAAUAUAAAACUUAUGAUUCUUCCCAUAAAACAACCAGCACUUUUUCUAGCAUUGAAAUUUCAUUCUUCCAUUAGGGCACAGGCAUAUUCAGUUUAUAUUGCUUCAUUAACUUUAUGUGUCUAUGUGUGAUCUGCACCGGGUACGUUAAGUCCAUGUAUAACAGAAAGAAACAGAAAUAAAACUUCAGUGGCAUAAUCAAAAUUAAAUGUUUUGAAACCUGUAA